AUGGAAGGAACAAGUUCACCAUCACAGUGGAUUAUUGGAUAUUUUCCAAAAGAACAUAAGUAUUCGGUCAUUCCUAUGAAUUGGCUGUCAAAAUGUGGCGAUUCAUACUAUUGCAAGUGGCCUAAUAUGAAAGUAUCCCCCACCAUGUUGAGAAAUGCUGCAUUGCCUACUUCUAAAUGGACAUCUCAUCCAGUUAGAGUUGUUGAACGCUAUGAUAAUUAUGAAGAUGCUGCUUCGAGAGAAGUUGAAAUAUAUCUAACAUCAUUUGGGGAAACUGAUAUAGGUGAUAUGGGACAAGAAAAUAGGAGAAAAAUAUUAAAAACUUUCCAUAAAUCUAAUGAUGAUAGUAUUUAUAUUUAUAAUUUUCUAGGUUCCGAUAGUGAUACUGAACCUCUCAGUAUUUCAAAAACAACACAAAAUGUUGGUAUCAAUAAUGUAUCAGAUGCUGUCAAUAUAUUGUAUAAUAUGGAUGGAAUACCAACAAACCUAUCAUAUGAUACAGUACAAGAAACUACAAUCUAUUCACCCUCUACAACUCAUAAAGUUGAUCCUAUUGCAAAUAACAAUACAGAUGAUUUAGCUGUUGACGUAUCAUUAUUUUCAUCCUCUACAAGUAGUACUAUUGCAGCUAACAACAUAGUUCAAGGACAAAAUUGUUCAUCUUCUUUGUCUUAUCAAAAUUAUGACAACAUAAUUAAUAAAACAGCAGACAUUUCAAGUUAUUGGCCCACCAAAAAUUCUAAACAUGAUAUUAAUUCUGCAGAUUAUAAUAAAAUGGAAAAGGUAACGUCAGCAAAUACUUUGUACAUGGAGAGAAUUGAUAAAAAAUUGGACAUUAUAUUAAAUAUUCUUCAACAAAACCAAACAAACAGUGUGCCAUUAACAACAGUCGAUACCAAUUUUUUUAAUUAUUUUCCUUUGAAAGAAUUGGAAGCAUUAAAAGAUUUAGAAGAAAAAUUAAAAACUGACAAUGAAUUCAAAUCAAAAUUGGUAAAUUUAAUUACCUCUUUUGGCGGAACGAAUGCAAAGCAUUUUGUAAAACGAGUUUUGACCAAAUUAUUUUCAAACCAACUUGCUUCCCAUUGUUCAUGGACAGGUUUUAAAAACGAUUGUCGCCUUGAUGGACUCGAAAUGAUUAAGACAAUGAAAAACAUUUGUAUUGGCAUUUUUCAAAAUGAUGAGAACUCCUUCGAAAUAUUCAUAAAAGACUGGUUUAGGACGGCUGCACAGCGUUUGAAGAGAGACAUUACAGAUAACGGUAAUGUAAUUCAAACUAUUUCAACAAUGCUUUGA